UAUGUAAAAGAAAAUCAUAAUAAAUAUAAAGCUACUAUAUUCACAAAUAAAAUUAUGGUAUUAAUUUUAAGGACCUGGCGCCGGAAAAUAUUGUUUACUGCAAUACUUCAGUUUAUUAUUGGUUUAUUUUUAAUAUACUUUUAUUGUGAAUAUGUUAUUUAUUAUGUUAUUCAAAUACAGUGCGGAUGGCCGGCUCUUACGAAACAACCCAUAGAUGGGCUAAAACCAGUGCAAGCAAUGGUUCUAGCAGAUACUCAUUUGCUCGGUUCUCGAAAUGGGCAUUGGUUUGAUAAAUGGAGAAGAGAAUGGCAGAUGCAUAGGGCUUUUCAAACAGCUAUGACUUUACAUCAACCAGAAAUAGUUUUUGUUUUAGGAGAUUUAUUUGAUGAGGGUAAAUGGUGUUCCCAGAAAGAGUUUGAUGAGUAUGUCAAAACAUUCUUCAAUUUAUUCAAAGUACCAGAUGAAACAUCUAUGUAUUUUGUGGUUGGCAAUCAUGAUAUUGGAUUUCACUACAGCAUUACACCACAACUUCAGAGUAGAUUUGAAAAACAGCUAGCUGCUCCUCCUGUUAAACUAAUAAGUAUUCGAGGGAAUCAUUUUGUCCUUAUCAACUCAAUGGCGAUGGAGAGAGAUGGUUGUGCAUUAUGUUCCCGUGCUGUGGAUGAAAUUGAUAAAAUUGCAGAUAUUUUGAAAUGUAGUAGCGGAUCGCUGCUUUGCAAAAGUCAUACUAGACUAGAACGGUAUAGUCGACCUAUAGUGAUGCAGCACUACCCAUUGUACAGAGAGUCAGACAGCUCGUGCACAGAGCCCGAUGCAGCACCUUUACCAGAAAGAAAUAACUUAUUUGUGGAGCGUUGGCACUGUCUCUCUAAAGAGUCAACAGAGUAUCUAGUGGAGAGUUUACACCCGCGCGCCGCGUUCGGUGGGCAUACGCAUCACAGCUGCAUGUUGCGACACAGCUUCGUCCCCACUGAGAACCAUAAGAUUGAGUUUAUAGAGUACACGGUUCCAUCAUUCUCCUGGAGAAAUAGACCGGACCCUAAAUACUACUUGUUGACGUUAAGUCCGGAAGAAGUAAAAGUAUCAAAGUGUGCGAUGCCUCGCGAGUGGAACAUGCAGGUGACAGCAGUUGUUAUGUUGCUGGUGCUUCUUCUCUACUGCAAAUACCAAAUUUCAAGACCGACACCAUCCAACUACAAAUUGCUUGUGACCGAGAACCAAUUUUUUUUUUAAAUUUAAGUACGAACAACAAGGUUAAAUAGAACUUUCUCAACAAACCAAUUACGUGUUUUAAAUUUGACGAUUUUGACUAGUGAGGUGUCGAUUUGUAUUCUUCACCGGAGUCCCAUAGGGGUACAGACAGCAUUUUUUUGCUUUGAAUUAACACAUAGUUUAACCUAUGACAGAUCGCCUUAAUGACAUAGUAUAUUUGGUAGAUAAGGUUAUAGACCGUGAGUGUGCCACUGGAGGGCGCCAUUAUCAAAAUUGACAAUUGAUCUCUGUUAACAUCAUAUCUUGAUGAUAAUGACAUAUUUUGUAGUCAUAAUAAUCGACCAGUGGGUUUCUGAUAUUAUCUUUGACAAAACAGAGAUAAUAUGUUUUAAACGAGGAUUUUGAUCUCAGAAAUCGACGGUAAAUAUGUUUAUGAAUAUUGCUAAUCAUUAGAAGUAAGUCAUUGUCGAUUGAAUUGUUAUGAAUCCGUUUGAACUGGUGAUAAUUGGAUUUAUUAAUUGCUUUAUAAUAUGACAUCCAUUUGAUAACACGUGGCAAGGAUUUUUGAUACAAGACUUUAGAUAUUAGGAAGAUUAUAAUAAUUAUCAUAAUAAGAAAAUGAAAUGGUAAGCUUUGAAACUCUUAUUUUGAAAUGUAAU